AUGAGCAACAACGAAGAUACUGCAGUUGCGAAGCAAGAUGAUGUUAACGGCAUCAAGUCAUGGGAUGAGGAUAACGGCUUCAUUCCACGUCUUCAAAUCGUUGACGAAAAUCAAGAUUUUACUGAAGAGUUACCGAGUUACAUGGGCAAAUGGUCACUCGCAGAAGCAGGAUUUCAGUAUAAUGUCGUCGCUGUAUUCGGCUCACAAAGCACGGGCAAAAGUACCUUGUUAAAUCGACUGUUUGGUACAUCCUUUGAUGUGAUGGAUGAAAAGCAGCGCAGCCAGACGACCAAAGGUAUCUGGAUGUCCCGUGGUCGAGGAAUGCAUGUGCUCGUGAUGGAUGUCGAAGGUACCGAUGGCCGUGAACGUGGCGAGGAUCAAGAUUUCGAGCGUAAAUCGGCACUUUUCUCCAUGGCAACGAGUGAAGUGAUCAUUCUGAAUUUGUGGGAACAUCAAGUGGGCCUCUAUCAGGGUGCCAAUAUGGGCUUGCUCAAGACUGUUUUUGAAGUCAACCUUCAACUGUUCCAGAAUCAAAAAGGCAAGGAAAAGACUUUGAUCUUGAUUGUCAUUCGUGAUCACGUUGGUUCUACCCCACUGGAAAACUUGGCCACGACACUUCAAGCUGAUCUUGAAAAGAUUUGGAGCGGGUUAUCCAAGCCUGAAGGUUUGGAGGACUGCAAGAUCCAUGAUUACUUUGAUUUCAUGUACACCGGAUUGCCCCACAAAGUUCUUCUUCCCGAGAAAUUCGACGAAGAAGUUGUCAAGCUUCGAACGCGAUUCAAUGAUCCCAAGGAUGCCAAUUACGUGUUCCGUCCUCAAUACCACAAGCGCAUCCCCGCCGACGGAUACCAUGUCUAUGCUUCAAGUAUCUGGGACAAGAUUCUGUCCAACAAAGACUUGGAUUUACCCACCCAACAAGAACUUUUGGCACAAUAUCGCUGUGAUGAGAUUUCAAAUGCUGCAUUCGAACGAUUUAUGGAGCGGAUAGCACCUUUUAAAAACCCAAUCUUGGAAAAGGCACAGACGGUCCCUGAUUUGGGCAAGCAAAUGGAUGACAUCCGCAGCGAGGCCCUGAAUUCGUUUGACAAGAACGCUUCACGAUACCACCAAGGGGUUUAUGAAAAGAAGCGAAAGGAUAUGUUGGCCAAGCUCAACACACAGCUCAACGUGUUCUUCGUCGGUCAAUUGAAGAAUUUGCACAAGAAGGCCAUCACAAUGUUUGAAGAGAACCUCAAGGCCGAAUUGAAAAAGCCUUCAUAUAAUUUUGCCGAAAUCGUAGAUGAGUGCCUGAAGGAGGCUAACGAUCUUUUUGUAUCCGGUGCCAAAGCCAUUGUGCUUUCUGAUACGGAUUGGUCAUAUGGCCAUGAGCAUAACCAGCUCGAAGAAGCUUUUGCAAAGGUGUCUGCGCAGGCUCGUGCAGAUGAAUUCAAGAAGAUGAGCAAACAGUUGGCGAAACAAGUUGAAAACGAGCUUUCAGAGCCUGUCUCACUAGCAUUGAACAACCCGAAGGAAAAGACUUGGCAUGAUAUCAUCCAAGCUUACAAAACAACUGUUGAGCAUGGACAAAAGACUUUGGUUGACAAGGCCAAGAGCUUCAACUCAUCAGACGAGGAACUGCAGGAGUCCAUACUAGGCUUGAAGCGCCAGGCAUGGCUUGUAUUGCGUAAAAAAGUCGAUGAGGAACUCGCGGAUAAUAUGCUACUAUUGAAAUUGCGUUCGAGAUUCGAAGAAAAAUUCCGCUAUGACGAACACGGUCUGCCACGUGUAUGGAAACCCGAAGAUGACAUUGACAGCUACUUCCGCAAGGCACGAGACGAUGCUCUUACGCUGAUUCCCAUAUUUGCCAAGAUCGACUUGAGCGACGACGAAGGAUUUGACAUUGAAAACGACGAAGACUUUGAUUUCAAACAAACACUUACUAUCCUAACGGAGGCCAAGCAGAUUGAUAUCACUAAUCGAUUCAAGCGGGAGUCGGAUGCGUUCUAUUUGGAAGCAAAGCGUUCGGUUGUGGCAACCACUGCAAAGAUACCCACCUGGCUUUUAGUCGUGAUGAUUGCAUUGGGCUGGAACGAAUUCAUGACAAUUAUCAAGAGUCCUAUUUAUCUCGUUCUCUUCGUCUUUUGCAUUACCUUUGGCUAUAUUAUCUAUGCAUUGAACCUCUGGGGUCCUCUCGAACGUAUCCUCACGACAGUGUUUGGAGAAGCAACCAAAAUGGCCAAGGAACGCGUGGUAGAAGGAAUGGAAAAAGUCAGAGAACAACAACAUCAGCUGCAGCAACUUCAAGGCAGCGGCACCAGUGCUGGUGGUGACAAUGUGGAAAUGAAGUCGUUCAAGGGCGAGUAA